UCCUCUAUUUAAGCCACAGUUGCAUCCCUCAAUAUUUCACCAUAUGUUCUCCUCUUCUUCUGCUCUAUUCAAAAUUUCAAACUCAGAGUGACACCCAUUUGAAGAGCAGAAAUCCCAGAGUCAUGGAGGAGUUUGUAUUUGGAUCAAGAAGUGUGGCAGAGACAGCUUUGGCCUACAACACCUGCUUUCCUUUUGCAGAAAUGGAGUUCAUGAAUCAGUACCAGGAGCUACAAGGGAUGAUCACGGAUUGCUCAAGUAUGAGUACGAUUCUGUACUGUAAUGACAAUCCUGUGGUUCGGGAAGAUGGAAUCCCAAAAAUUUUGGCUCAUACUGAUAGUCGCUGCACCAAUUCUUCAAUAAAUUCGGCAUUAAUGAUCGGAGACGUCGGCAGCAGAUUCCAAGAACCAUGUUCAGAGCAGAGGAAGAGGAAGGUGGCGUUGGUGCCUGAGAGCAGUUCUGAAGUGCCUUUGGAGCGCAAAACUGCUGCAAAAGAUAACUCACGUAGAGGAAAAAGAGGAAAGCAGAUGAAACAGAGAACUAAUGGAAACGAUGAACCCGACGAUAGUAAAGAACCAGAGAAACAAAAAGAAGUUAUCCAUGUCAGAGCCAGGAGGGGCCAAGCAACAGAUAGCCACAGCAUUGCUGAAAGGAUAAGAAGAGAAAAGAUCAAUGAAAGAAUGAGGUGCUUACAAGACCUUGUUCCAGGAUGCUACAAGGCAAUGGGCAUGGCAGUCAUGUUGGAUGAGAUAAUAAACUACGUGCAGUCGUUGCAAAACCAAAUUGAAUUUUUGUCAAUGAAAUUAUCAGCAGCAAGCUCUAUCCAUGAUUUCAACAAGAACAUUGGAGCUAGUGGAGCACAUCAGGUCAGGAUUAAUGGCUGGGACGUACGGGUGGAUCAGAAAGAUGGAUAUGGGGUCCCUCCCCACGUCAGCUCCAUGUCCCCACUUUGACCACAUGCUUCUCUCUCUAGAUCUCUCUCUCUCUGUGCCAACCUGUAUGUAUAAAUACGACGGUGUCAUGUUCAUCAUAGCGUAUAAAUUGAAGAGUCGGUUCCCAAUGGCGAUAUGAAUAAACAGUUGGCCUACUCUUGAAGCUUGAAACUUGGAUGUACAUGAUCUUCAAUGAAGAAAAGGAAGGAUCUGUUUUA